UCUACCGCCGCAUGGUGGGGGUGUGAACACUUGUCCACACACGCAAACACAGUCCACGCAGAGGGACGCAGACAAACACUGUCUCUCACCAAGACUACGAGCAGUCAAGAUAGCGCACGGCCACGUCUGGAAACACUCCUGGAAACUAACUCAAAGUUUAUAUUUCACUGCAACUUCUCUACCCUCCAGAAUCACAAUCAUGGGGAAAGGAUGCAUCUCAGUCACCAAGUACUUUCUUUUCCUCUUCAACCUCCUUUUUUUUAUCUUUGGAGCAGUGAUCGCUGGAUUUGGACUGUGGGUUCUCCUUGAUAAACAGAGCUUUGUAGCUGUUCUGCAUGAAUCAUCACACACAGUGACGGUGGCUUCCUACAUCCUCAUUGGAGUAGGUUCCUUCUCAAUGGCCAUGGGCUUCUUCGGUUUAUUUGGAGCUAUCUACGAAAUCCGUUGUCUUCUGGUUCUGUACUUCACCUGCCUCCUGCUCAUCCUCAUUGCCCAAGUCACUGCUGGAGUUCUCAUUUACUUCCAGAGAGAUCGGCUGAAACAUGAGCUAUCCAACAUCAUCCAGGACAUGAUAAUCAAUUACACCGGGCAUAACCGAACCGCAGAGCACACCUGGGACUACAUUCAGAGGACGAUGAAAUGCUGUGGGUGGACAGGUCCAGGCAACUGGUCUGAGAACCUUUUGAUCAAGAACAGCACCAGGUUUUCCUACUCGUGCUCCUGUCGUAAUGAUUCCCUUCCUGGCACAGAGGUGAGGGAAGUUGGCCUGUGUGAGCACCCGUCUAAAGAUCUACCCAUCUAUGACAUGGGUUGUUCAAAGUUCGUGGAGAAAUGGCUCCCAGAAAACUAUGGCAUUAUUUUGGGGAUCUUUGUCGGUGUGGCAGUUGUGGAGCUCCUGGGGAUGAUCCUGUCCAUGUGUCUGUGUAAGAGCAUCGUCCAGGAGGAUUACUCCAAGGUGCCGAAGUACUGAGCUGACAGCGUCUCAUCACAGAGAUGGACUCUUUCUCCUUGCCUCACAUUCUCCUCCACAUAAGCACACAAACACAAACCUUCUCAUUAAAUAGCUGGCUCCACUGUUUGAGCUUCUAAUGUCUUCACAGCUGUGCAAAUUUCUCAUGCCCCUUACCUCACACACACACACACACACACACACACUUCUCAAUCAAGUUUGACAUAUUUGUAUCAUAUAAUUUUAAUGUGUUAUUAUUUGUGGGUUUUUUUUAUAUUUUUGUUUAAAGCUUAAGAAUUUUAUCAUUUGAUACUAUGCAAAUGUCAGUUUCCUGGUCAUUUUUAUUUUCUUAGUCUUUGCUAACCUCAAUGAAGCGCUUGACUUAGUGUUACCGUGAGCACUUUAGAUACACUGGCCCUCAUUUAUCAAACGAACGUGGAAGUGAGGAAUGAUCUUACGACUGGAUCCACGUAUGAUUUGUGAAACGUUUGUAUCGUUUGUAACGUUUGUAGAAUUAUGUAGCAGAAUUUCUCCAGAGAGUACAGCAGGAUCCCCCCAUUGGUCCGAGACACAUCCACCUGUCCUUUAGCAACCUGAAGCAGCAGUCCACCGUGGCAUGUGUGUGUGUGUUUGCGCUGUUGAACCUGCGCUCCUGCUCUGUGGCAGGGUGUGCCAGUGGGGUGAUAAGAUGCUCCAAGAGUAAAUAUAUAGGUAUGAGUUUGUUUUUUAAAACACAGAUCCCUGUUUGCAUUUAUCAUUACUUCAAGGUGUAGUAUAUAAUGAUUUAUGGGCCUAUUAAAUUUGAGCCACUGCAAUUGUCGUGGGCUUAAGCUGUCUGUCAUAUUUAUUUUUCCAAAUAAUUUUUUAGAGUGUGUCAGUGUGCACGGCAAGCAGUUUCAGUAAGAUAUUUUAUUUGUUUUGGGAAUCCAUUUUAAUGCUUUUUUUGCUAAUGGGUUAAUUCUGAGUACCGAAUAUGUGGCUGUUUAUGCUGAGAUGAUGGUUUGAGUUUUUUUUUUUAUUUUUCAGGAUCUGCUGUGCUGCAUCGUUAAUCCACACUGACUCAAACUUUCAUACCCGAUCUCAAACCGAUUAUGAGAUUUAAUCGUAUCCCACGCUUAUGUCCACAUUAAUAAAUGACUUGCGUGGAAAUGGACGUGCGUACAGAUUUUGUCGUACGUUCAUUUGAUAAAUGAGGGCCACUGAGAGCAGAAGCUGAGAGCCACAUCUUCUGAUCUCUUCUGACUUUUAGGGCUGGAAGAUAAGAGGGAAAUUAAAGGGUGUGUGUGGGUGCGUGGUAGACCCUCCUUAGGGUUAUUGCCACCCUGUCAUCCUGCAGCUGGUAUUUUUGGUGCUAAGGGUGGAGGAAAGGCCCUGGGCAGGGCUGCUGUGGUGGAGGGUUUUGGCUUCUGUCAUCAGCUCCUUGUACUCAGUAACCCUGAUAUUAGCUCAGCUGACACCCACCACCUCAUCCUCCCUCCCCACUGCCCAUCAUCUGUGAGCAUAUCAUCUUAAAUUUCUGUGCAUGACUGGUAACCAGUAGCUCUUUAAAACAACCAGUUCUGCUUGAAGUAAGUAUGUGUAUGAUGUUAAAUUAAUAUUUUAUUUUUUUUCUCUCUUUUAUAAUUAUUUUUAUUUUUUAAACUGCAUGUAUUUGCUAAGGGAAUGAGACAUUUUUAAUGCUUUGUCAGCAUGACAGAAUUUCACCCUCAUGCUCAUGUUUUAAGAUUCCUAUUGUUCUCUCUAUUGUUUAUGAUGUGCAGAGUAAGGUUGCCACUGCAGCUCGUCAGCACUAUUUUGGUCUGAAUCAGAGAAAUUGGAGCCCUUUGAGGGAAUCUGUCAUCACCUUAAAAACCAUAAUUUCUUUUCUUUUAACAUGGAAUGCAUUUGGGAGCAUAUAACCUACCACAGCUCCUGCCCUGGACGUCUUUAUUUAGGCACCUCACACCAGCCUUUAUUAUGAGAAGUUGAGUUUUUACUGUCAUAGCAGAAAAAGGCAGCUGUGUGACCACAAUGCAUUUUCCCCUUCUUUGCAUUGUUUAUUUUCUUGGAAGCUAUUUUCAUGUUAUCAGUAACAUAAGCAGAAAAAAAACCAUGAAAGUAAACAUGUUCUUAGAGGCAACUUUGACCCCCAGAUGACUCUUCAUCAGCAAUCCACAUACUUUCCACAACUUUUGCAGAAAUAUUUUCAUUUCCUAAGCCCAUGUAUCAGCCACCUCAUUAGCUUCUCUCUUUCAGUUCAUUUUAUAACUACACUAUUAAAGCAGACUUUUGGGUAAUUUAGUGGGUAAAUUGCACUUUGAUGUGACUUGUAGUUUCUCAAUGACAACAUGAACAAGUCUUCAAAUCAUGUUCGUUAUGCUAUAAUUAGGCAGAAAGGAGGAAGCUAACCAUUAGCCACACCUUUAAUGAGCCUUCUCUUCACCCAAUUUAACUUGAUAAAAAUGAAGGCUUUAUAUUGUUUUAAAUAUUUUGUACACAGAUAUAGUUUAGCAGUAAAACUGAGACAAGGAAAGUCGUAUUUAGAAACUUAUUGUUUUGUCAUUUUAUUUUUUGAGACCUUAAAAUAAACCUGAACCCACGAGAA